GAUACUCAGUCCCCAACUUCUUGCUCGUAAUCUUACCAGAACAACUGAACAAGGUAGUUCCAUUCCGACUUUCCAUCAAUUUCAGAUCUUCCUUCUGGAAAGGUGUUAGUUCCCAUUCAGUUUCAGAUCCUUCAUUAAGCUAAGUAAUUCCGAGCAUGGCUUCAAUAGUUACUUUGAAAUUCCCUUCCUCUUCCAGUGCUUCUUCCAUUUCGUCUUCGAGCUGUAUAUCUCCAGCUUCUUGUAGCUUAUCGUUCUCCGCUUCUGCUCUUUCUGGUGACAAGCUCGUUUCCAAAACGGUUACCUCUUCCCGUCAAUUGAAACGAACACCAUUGAUUGUUUCCCCGAAAGCCGUUUCCGAUUCCCAGAACUCGCAGACAUGUCUCGACCCUGACGCUAGUCGAAGUGUUUUGGGGAUUAUUUUGGGAGGCGGAGCAGGGACAAGGCUUUACCCACUAACAAAGAAGAGAGCUAAGCCGGCUGUUCCAUUAGGAGCCAAUUAUAGGCUAAUUGAUAUUCCUGUUAGUAAUUGCUUGAACAGUAACAUAUCCAAAAUCUACGUUCUCACCCAGUUCAAUUCUGCUUCUCUCAAUCGCCAUCUCUCCCGCGCAUAUGCAAGUAAUAUGGGUGGUUACAAGAAUGAAGGGUUCGUCGAGGUUCUUGCUGCUCAGCAGAGUCCUGAGAACCCAAAUUGGUUUCAGGGGACUGCGGAUGCCGUAAGGCAGUAUUUGUGGCUGUUUGAGGAGCAUGAUGUCAUGGAAUUCUUGGUUCUCGCUGGGGACCAUUUAUAUAGAAUGGAUUAUGAAAAAUUUAUUCAAGGGCAUAGAGAGACCGAUGCUGAUAUCACCGUAGCUGCAUUGCCAAUGGAUGAAAAACGGGCUACUGCAUUUGGUCUGAUGAAGAUUGAUGAAGAAGGGCGGAUAAUUGAAUUUGCUGAGAAACCGAAAGGGGACCAACUUAAAGCUAUGAAGGUUGAUACAACAAUUUUAGGUCUUGAUGAUGAGAGAGCAAAAGAAUUGCCGUUCAUUGCUAGUAUGGGCAUAUAUGUUGUUAGUAAAAAUGCGAUGUUGAGUCUUCUUCGAGAAAAAUUUCCAGGUGCCAAUGAUUUUGGAAGUGAAGUCAUUCCAGGUGCUACUUCCAUUGGGAUGAGGGUGCAAGCUUACUUAUAUGAUGGCUACUGGGAGGACAUUGGUACGAUUGAGGCAUUUUAUAAUGCAAACCUGGGAAUUACCAAAAAGCCCGUGCCUGAUUUCAGCUUUUACGACCGUUCAUCUCCAAUCUACACCCAGCCUCGAUAUUUGCCUCCGUCCAAAAUGCUUGAUGCCGAUGUUACAGAUAGUGUUAUUGGUGAGGGUUGUGUUAUCAAGAAUUGUAAAAUCUAUCAUUCUGUUGUUGGUCUUCGUUCUUGCAUUUCCGAGGGCGCAAUCAUAGAAGAUACCUUACUGAUGGGAGCAGAUUAUUAUGAGACUGAUGCUGACAGGGAGUUACUUGCUGCAAAGGGCAGCGUUCCAAUUGGCAUUGGAAAGAAUUCACACAUCAAGAGAGCCAUUAUUGACAAGAAUGCUCGAAUUGGUGCCAAUGUGAAGAUCAUUAACAGUGACAAUGUACAAGAAGCAGCAAGGGAAACGGACGGAUAUUUCAUUAAGAGUGGGAUUGUGACAGUAAUCAAGGAUGCCUUGAUUCCCAGUGGAACUGUAAUCUGAGGAAGUUUGCUUCUAAGUACAGGUACUGUUGCAUUGGUUAUUCUCGAGAAAGUAAUGCAAAGGCAUAUUACUUCCACCAGCUUUACUUUUUGUAUUUGAAGUAAUUUCCAAAUGUGAUGUAUAUUUUUAGGCAGUAUAAUAAUAUUU